AUGGACAAUGACAGGAAAGCCACGGCAUUGAAGCAGCUGCAAGGCCACAUUUGGAAGGACGCGUAUGAAAGCGGCGCCGUCAAGGGCCACGUGUACGACGAUGUGCGCCCUGCCAUGGAGCGGUGGGUGGCAGAUGGCAUCCAGGUUCGGAUUUACUCGAGUGGCAGCGUUGCCGCUCAGAAGCUCCUCUUCAAGCACAGUGAAAACGGCGACAUGACAAAGCUGCUGAGCGGCCACUAUGACACACGGAUUGGCGGGAAAAUGGAGGCCGCGAGCUAUCGUCGCAUCGCGGAGGAAGCAAUGACGAAACCAAACUCAAUCCUCUUCCUCUCGGACCGCAUUGAAGAGUGCGAGGCAGCGCGUGCGGCGGGGUUGAUGGUUGUCGUGUCAAUACGCCCAGGCAACGCGGACAUUCCAUCCGAUCGGCUAAACGCGUUUGAAAGCAUCACUUCGUUUGAUCAGCUUGUGUUGACGCCUGUGGACGGGGAACCGACCACCAAGACGGCAAAGACUGCGGCUGACGAUCACGGCAGCACGGCCGAUGCAGGGGCGAAGGGAAGCAGUGACACUGCAUAGCGCAAGCCAAUAAGACACAGGAUUCAUAGUCAAUGUUAAUGUGCACACGUGGUGUGUGUUUGUGUGCGUGUUGUGUGUCGCAUGUGUAUUUGUGUGCGUGUUGUGUGUCGCUUUCGUGUUUGUGUGUCGCAUGCGUGUUUGUGUGCGUGUUGUGUGUGUGUUGUAUGCUGUGUAUGUUCUCAAUAGCAACUCGCCACAUCAUGGCUUACUUGACAGCGUGAUUUUUAUUUGUUGGCUGGUGGAAAGAACCACAGGGCGAUACUGACGAUGAUGAAUGAACUCACAAACAACA